GAUAAGUUAUUAUGAAUCCAUUAAUUUAUGAUGCACGUUCACUAUUUUUUCACUACAUACAUGUUUAAAACCAGCUAAAACUUUGCCGUUAUGAUAAAAUUAUUACGAAUGGUGUCAUGAUGAGAAAGGAUCGUAAACGCGACCGUUGAACUUCCGAGGACGAAGUACAAGACUGGGAAAGCGAAACUAGUCCUUGAAAGGUUGCAAUUUCCGCCCUUUCUUUUCGUUUUGAGGGUUCACAUUAGAGGUUUCUUGGUAAAACUAACGAUGGAUGUUCAAAAGUAUUUGGCACGCAUCGGCUGUUCGGGUCCAUGCCCUCCUACAUUGGACACGUUGCGGUACGUUCACCUCAAUCACGUACUUACAGUUCCCUUUGAAAACCUCACUAUUCAUACCGGUGGCCGAGUCAGGCUUGAACUGCCACUUCUUUACGAAAAAAUCGUAUCCAUGCGCCGUGGAGGAUUCUGCUUUGAGAACAAUGGACUCUUUUCUUGGCUGCUAUCUAAGUUGGGCUUUGACGUGACCAUUUUGUCCGCACAGGUGAGGAAUCGCUUCACAGGUGUUUAUGGACCUCCCUUUGACCAUUUCCUCAUGAUGGUAAAGCUGGAUGGGCACAGAUGGCUCUGUGAUGUGGGGUUUGGUUCAGGUUUCCAGCUCCCCCUGUCUCUCGAGACAGAUAGUGCCCAGGUGCAGAGCCAUGGAGUGUAUCGUCUUAGAUCUCAGGGAAAUUUUAUUUUCAUGGAAAUGAACUCUGACACUGAGCCAGAAGGCAGUUAUUGUUGGAGGGAACUGUACAAAUUCACGCUGGAGCCCCGUGAAAGAGAUGAUUUCAAACCCAUGUGUGACUACCAUCAGACGUCUGCUAGUUCACUUUUCUUCUGCAAGUCUCUCUGUUCACUCAUUCUGCCCAGUGGAAGAAUCACAAUCAUGGGCCGCAAAUUGAUCGUCACCAGCCUGCCCACAAAGGACGAACAAUACACUACGAAAACCACGGAAGAUCUUUCAGAUGAAGAAAUCACAGAGAUAUUAAGAGAGAAGUUUGGAAUUGUUCUUCAGUCUCCGCUGACUCCAAAAGAUGUUGAGAUCGUGCCACCACCACCUAUUUAUUAACUGCUAUAUAUGUCUCUGAUUCUUCACAAGUUGUGAUUUCAAUAGAUGAAUAACGAAAUGAGACAUUUAAAUCUGAAAUACCUGACUUAUAAAUUAUUUGGACUCUAGUCCUGAUAAAUGUCAUUAUAAUCAUAUUGAUAGUUUUAUGUAGAUAAAAAACUAUUAAAUUGGUUGUUGAUUUUAUACCGCAUAUGUGGUUU